AUGAAGCUUAACAUAGCAAAUCCCUUUACUGGGAUGCAGAAGACAAUCGAGAUCGACGACGAGAAGAAACUCUUGCCUUUCUUUGAACGUCGUAUGGGAACGGAGGUACCAGGCGACAGCAUCGGCGACGAGUUUAAAGGAUACGUGUUCAAAAUAUCAGGAGGAAACGAUAAACAAGGAUUCCCAAUGAUGCAAGGCGUAUUGACGCCGGCGAGAGUGCGCCUGCUUUUCAAAAAGGGGAUGAAGUGCUACAGGCCCAGAAGAACUGGAGAAAUGAAGAGGAAAUCAGUUCGCGGCUGCGUCGUGAGCGCUCAACUGUCAAUUUUGAAUUUGGUGUUGGUCAAGAAGGGCCCUCAGGAAGUUCCUGGACUAACGGAUCAGGAGGCCCCCAGAAGGCUGGGACCGAAAAGGGCCAGCAAGAUAAGGAAGCUGUUUAACCUGGGACCGAACGACGACGUAAGGAAGUUUGUGGUGCGUCGCAAGAUCGAAGGCAGGAAUAAAACAAAGGCGCCUAAGAUUCAAAGACUCGUAACGGCCCAGAGACUACAGAGGAAGAGAAGGCUGCUGAAGGAGACCAAGGAAAAGGCUAAGAGGAAUAAGCUGAAGAUGGAAGAGUACAGGAAGAUGGUACACGAGUAUCGCUCGCGACAGAAAUCAGCCAACUCCCCAAAGGCUGGGUAA